AUGGCCCUAGAGAAUGUGUGCAACUGGCAGGCUCCCGAAGCCUUGAGACCUCAUUUGUCUGGGGCUGGGGACUGGGCUGUUCCCAGGGGAUAUGAUCCCCGUGUCUUUCUGCAGACACAGGGUCCAGACCUGGCACAUGGAACCACCACACUGGCCUUCCGGUUCCAACAUGGAGUCAUUGCCGCAGCUGACACUCGCUCCUCCUGCAACAACUAUGUGGCCUGCCCUUCGUCCCAGAAAGUCAUUCCUGUCCACCAGCACCUUAUAGGCACAACUUCAGGCACCUCGGCUGACUGUGCCACCUGGUACCGAAUACUGCAACGGGAACUUCGCCUUCGGGCUCUAAGGGAGGGCCAGCUGCCCAGUGUGGCAGGGGCUGCCAAGCUUCUCUCCAGCAUGCUGUUCCAUUACCGGGGGUUGGGGCUGUGCGUGGCCACAGCCCUGUGUGGUUGGGACCAGGCUGGCCCUGCCCUCUUUUAUGUGUACAGCGAUGGGACCCUCCUGUCCGGUGACGUCUUCUCUGUGGGCUCUGGCUCACCUUAUGCCUAUGGCGUGAUGGACCGCGGCUACCGCUAUGACAUGACCAUCGAGGAGGCUUACACCCUGGCUCGCCAAGCUGUGGCCCAUGCUACCCGAAGGGAUGCCUAUUCAGGUGGCUCUGUGGACCUGUACCACGUGAAGGCGAGUGGCUGGGAGCGAGUGUCUCGGGAGGAUGCAUGUGUGCUAUACUUCAGGCUGCAGGAGACUGGAGACCAGGAGGAAGAGACCAGCCCUGCAUCUCCCUGAGCCUUUUCUUCCCUCCCUCCUCUUCUGUUUGGACCUCAUCCAAACAAGACAAAAGGCAUGCCAGUAUGGUCCAGGAGGAGAUUCCAGAACCCAAAGGGGAGCCUCUUGGAGGCAGAAAAGACAAGAGAUGCUGGGAGGAGGACUAGCGGACAAAGGAUGCUGACAAAGUGACCAGGUGAAUGAAGCCCUUCAGGACCAAGUCAUGUGACUCUAUCUUCCCCAAAUCCCCCUCCCCAUUUAUUGAAAGCUCCUGUCCAGCAUUGACUUCCAGACCACUUGACUUCUCUCCUCAUCUUCUGAUCUAUCUGGAUAGAUCUCGCAAGUCUUCUCUGCUUUGAAUUUUCUCCCUGAGAAACUGGGUUCCCUGGAUUCAGCGUUCCUCUCACCUGUUUCCCCUCUGCUCUCAUACUUGUACUUUCCUCAUGCCUUUCUACCUUUUUGUUUUUUCCAUUGAGAGGGUUGUUCCUUGUGCUUUUAGCAGUUUCUCUUGGCUGCUUUCUCCUUUUCUUUGUCUCCUAAUUCUGUGGGUAGAACUACUUUUGGCACCUUCCCAUUGUUCACUCCUCCUCCAUCCAACACUGCCCUCAGCUCUUCCCAGCCUGAUUCUUACACUGGGACACUGGGGAUGCUAGAGUCUGACCUCUUUGUAGGGGUUAAUUAAUUUCUGAGACUCAGUACUUCCAGUUCCACAAUUCUACAGUUCUGUGUGACCCUGCUUCAAGAAUAGGGAGUCUCCUAACAGGGGGAAGGGAACAAGUCCUUGGGCUGCCUGACAUUUUCCUCUGAGGGUUGUAGUCUUCAAAUUAUUAAAAUUAAAUUCAAACAA